AUGCCCUUGAAAGGAAUCUCCCCUGUCAUCUCGCCUGACCUACUCAAGGUCCUGGCUGAGAUGGGCCACGGUGACGAGAUUGUCCUUGCCGACGCCCACUUCCCGUCGCACUCCAUCUGCCCGCCCCAUAUCCCCGUCCUUCGUGCCGAUGGCAUAACCGUCUCCCGCCUUCUGGCUGGCAUCUCUCCGCUCCUUGAACUGGACAACUACGGCGUUGUGCCGGUGCUCAUGAUGGAGGUCGUCAAGGGCGACACCUUUGACGCGAGCGUUGAGGGCGACUUCCGGUCGUCGCUAAAGUACGACGGUGAAAUCGAAAAGCUGGAACGGUUUGCCUUCUAUGAGCGUGCCAAGAAGGCGUUUGCGAUUGUGGCCACAGGGGAGACGAGGAAGUACGGCAACAUCAUCCUCAAGAAGGGCGUUACACCUAUUGAGGAAUAG